AAGAGGUUCGAUCUGAAAUGAAAUCAAGUACAGUAUAUUUGUAAAAUACAAGAAAGUAAGACGGAUGUCAAAUAUUUAAUAAAAUUUAAUAUAUAGUGUUGAGCAUAAAGCUGCUUAAAAUAACUUGUUAUAAAAAAUGAUACAUAGUCUUUUCAUUAUCAACUCUUCAGGAGAUGUAUUCAUGGAGAAACAUUGGAAAAGUGCAGUUGCACGAUCAUUAUGUGAUUACUUUUUUGAUCAACAGAGAAGAGUUUUAUCUCCUGAAGAUACACCACCAGUAAUAGCAACACCUCAUCACUAUCUUAUUAGUAUAUAUAGAUGUAAUAUGUUUUUUGUUGCAGUAUGUAUGACAGAAGUCCCACCAUUGUUUGUAAUAGAAUUUUUACAUAGAGUAGUGGAUACUUUCGAAGAUUAUUUUAGUGAAUGUACAGAAACUAUUAUAAAAGAGAAUUAUGUGGUUGUAUACGAGUUGUUGGAUGAAAUGUUGGAUAAUGGUUUUCCAUUAGCCACAGAAUCUAAUAUCUUGAAAGAACUUAUUAAACCUCCAAAUAUCUUAAGAACCAUUGCAAAUACUGUUACAGGAAAAUCUAAUGUUAGUGCAAUAUUACCAAGUGGACAACUGUCAAAUGUUCCUUGGAGACGUACUGGUGUGAAGUAUACAAAUAAUGAAGCAUACUUUGAUGUUGUAGAAGAAGUAGAUGCUAUUAUUGACCGAACUGGUGCUACAGUAUUUGCUGAAAUUCAGGGCUAUAUUGACUGUUGCAUAAAGUUAAGUGGUAUGCCAGACUUAACUCUGUCUUUUAUGAAUCCUAGACUGUUUGAUGAUGUCAGCUUUCAUCCAUGUGUUCGAUUUAAGAGAUGGGAGUCAGAACGCAUAUUAUCUUUCAUUCCACCAGAUGGUAAUUUCCGUCUUCUUUCUUAUCACAUAGGAUCACAAAGUAUUGUAGCAAUUCCAAUAUAUGUGAGACAUAACAUUAGUCUUAAAGAACCAGGAGGUGGUAGAUUAGAUAUUACUGUGGGACCAAAACAAACCAUUGGUAGAACUGUAGAAAACGUUACGUUAGAAAUUCCAAUGCCAAAGAUAGUGCUGAAUUGUACAUUGACUCCUAAUCAAGGAAAAUAUUCAUUUGACCCUGUUAGUAAGAUAUUAUUAUGGGAUAUUGGAAGAAUAGACGUUUCCAAAUUACCAAAUUUAAGGGGCUCGAUUGCUAUCCAAAAUUCUGCAAGCGUGAUGGAAUCUAAUCCUGCAAUUAAUGUACAUUUUACAAUAAAUCAGUUAGCAGUUUCUGGUUUAAAAGUUAAUCGACUUGAUAUGUAUGGAGAAAGAUAUAAACCAUUUAAAGGUGUUAAAUACAUUACUAAAGCUGGUAAAUUUCAAAUAAGAAUGUAAAUAAAACGGACGAGUUGAAAUAUGAAACAUUUUUCAUAUCAUUUAUAAGACUAUUAUAUCUAUUUUA